UACGAUGUACAAUAUUCUUAGUAUUUGGUCUGAGGAAAUUUCAUCCCGGUGUUUUUAAUUUUUGUUUAUUAUGAUUUUCUUUACAAAAUAAUUGUUAUUGCUAUUUUCUUUAUACAUUAUUGUGAAUUCGACAUUGUUCUCUGCUGUAGUAUUAUGUUAUAAUCUGUGAUUGUAAUUUGCACUAUCAUUUUUUGGUUAUGAUGGUGGUUGUUUUUAUGCUCUGGUUGACAAUUUUUGAAGAAUAAAAUGCCUCCGCACAGGUGUUCUUAUCAUAUGUGUAAAAACACUUCAGACAAGAAGUCAAUGUUCAGUUUUCCCUGGAAAGAUGAAAAUAGAUUGAAAAUUUGGUUGAAAAAUUGUGGUAAUAAGGCCCUUGCAAAUUUGCCUCCUAAAAAUUUACAAUCAAGAUAUAUAUGUAUUGAUCAUAUAGAUAAAAAAUAUAUUCGCAAUGAAACUGGUCGCAGAAAAAGAAUUCUAAAAGAUGCUGUACCAGAAACAUUUCCUAUACUUCUAAAUCGACCACGCACUCCACCAGAUUUACCAGAUUUUCUGACACCAAAUAGUGAUCCACUUCGUGAAAUUACUAAAACUCCUGAUAUUGACCUAAAAGAAGAAGAUAUUGAACUAAUCAAACAACAAAUAAACUUACCAGAACCAUUAUCUUGUAUUCUACCAGAGACACCUCUUGAACAAGAUGAGAAAGAAAAGGUUGAAAAAGAAGAGUCACCAAAAUGUAAAAGGUUAAGGACAUUAUUAGGAAUUGCAAAUGGGAGAUUAAUGAAUGAAAAAAAGAAGAAUAAAAGAUUGAAGAUGAAAGUUGCCAAUAUAAAGAAAAUGGUUGAUUUAUCAAAACACAAGUUUAGGAGUGAGACAAGUAAAUUAUUAACAUUAAUGCAAUUAAGAAAAAAGAAAAAGGUUUGGUCCAAUGAGGAGAAACAAUUUUGCUUAUCUUUAUAUAAGAAAUCAAUUUCUGCAUAUGGGUACAUGUUAAAAAUGGGAAUAGUAUUGCCUAGUAAAUCUACAAUCACCCAUUGGUUGAAAGAUAACAAUGAAAAGUCAUCUGCUAGCAAUGUAAUUUCAUAGCUUAUCUCAUAUUAUUACAUGAUAAAAUAAUACAAUCACAAUUAAUUUAUUAAAUGUUUUAAUAAAUUAAUUAUGAUUUCUAUGUCAUAAACUGCAUUGUUUAUUACAUGUAAUACUGGAUUGAAAACUGUUUUAGAAAUUGUUUUUUAUACAACUUGGAAUGACAAACAAGCUGACAGCCCACCUGAUGGAAAGUGGGAACCGUCGCCUAUAGACAUGAGAAGUACCAUGUACAAAACAGAUUCUGUUUAUGUCACAGUGUUUUAUAUAAAAAUAGAAUAGUCAUAUUUUUUCAAAGCCACCUAUUGUUAAUUACCUAUUGAUUUUACAAUAGAUGGUAUAAAAAGAAUAUAAAUAUGUUAUAUUAAAUUUGUCAUUGUCACAUCAUGUGUACAAUAUUUUUUUUAUAUUUACACAUGCUAUACUGUCAUGGCCAUGGUAACUCUCAUGUAUUGCCAUUCCUAAGAAGGUGUUAGCCUUUGUAUAUUAAUUUUAUUGUUAUACUCACCUUUACUACUAAAAUACAGCUAUGUGAGCACAACUGCUUCAUGGUAGAAACAAGAGUAGAACAGAGGUACCCUUGCGGAAGACUUUUAUAAAGUUUCCCUCUGAUAUGCGAAAUUAAUAGUUUUGUGUGUUAUAAAUUUAUUUAAAUGUAUUCCAUUUUUUAAUUACUAAUUUUAGGAGUUAAAAACAAGUCAUCUAUUUUCAGUUGUCAACUCAUUUAAAAACAGCAUUAAAAAUAUGUAACUGCUAUAAAUAAAUUGUUAGUUUGAAUAAUA